AUGGCGCGCGAUUCGGCCACGCCAAGCCUUAGCCCCGCCCUCAUAUUGCUUGUGAUAAUUCCAGGCGCAAUGGGCAUCGGUUGCUUUGUUUGCAGCUCUUUUGAUGGAAACAAUCGGGCCUGUGAAGAUCCGUUUAACAGUACGUUGGAUGUUGCCUCAAAGCGAGAAACUUCAUCGAUUGCGAACUACCAUCAUCCUUGUUGGGCGUUCAAGAAAGGCCGGCAAGGCCUUUUUCCAGCCGAUCAUUGCAUCAAAAUUAUUGGACAUAGAGCCGAAAAUAUUUCGAAGACGAUGAUAAUCCGGACGUGUGCGCUCGACUCAGGGACAUUAACAGCCGAUACAGAGAUAGUACGGAUAAGCCAUUGCGGUCAUUUCAAAUUCGAGGGUUUCCACUACACUGGAUGUGUGCAAGCAUGUGAUUCGGAUGGUUGUAACUCGUCUGAAGAUUGUUCACGUGUGAUUUAUUUCUUCACCCUCUUGCUGCUCACAGUGGUGGAUUUGCUACGAGCAUAA